AUGGCGUCCCACACCGAUAAAGAGCUCGUUCCGGGCACGGAGAUCAUGAACGCCGACGGCAAGGCAGAUAAGGCGUUGAUUCCGCGCCCGUCCUCCGACCCCCGCGAUCCGCUCAACUGGUCAAGGCCGUGGAAGAUGACCGUCGUCGUCAGCCAGGCCCUGUUCACCUGGAUCUCCGUCACAGGGGCGCUCUCCAUCGCGCCCAUGUUCCCGCUGCUGGGCCAGGAGUUCCAUCUCGACAACAACCAGCUGGGCAUGCUUACAGGAAUCACUGUGAUUACGCUGGGCGUUGCGAACUUCUUCAUCGUGCCGCUGAGCAACAUCUUCGGGCGGCGCGCGGUGAGCAUCGUCUUCUCAGUGCUGAUCCUGCUGUCGUGUGUGUGGCAGGCGCUGGCUACGUCGCACAGGAGUUUGCUGGCUGCGAGGGCUAUCAAUGGGCUGGUGUGUGCGACGAGUGAGACGAUUCCGGUGCAGAUGAUCGCCGACGUGUUCUUCCUGCACGAGCGUGGGCUCUGGACUGGAGUGUACUUCACAAGCUACUUCAUGGGCGCCUUCCUCGGCCCCAUCAUGGCCGGCUCCAUCGCCUCCCACCACGGCUGGAACGCGUUUUUCUGGCUCGAGACGGCACUGUCGGGUGUCUCCAUCGUCCUCGUCGUCCUCGCCUUCCCCGAGACCCGCUACCACCGCAGCCACAACACCGCGUCCUCCAGCCAAUCCUCCCUGCGCAUCCACAGCACCACGUCCGAGAACCCAUCCGCCAGUGGGCUCGAGAAACAGUCCUCCCACACCGCCCUCGCCGCCCUCGACACAACAUCCCACCCCACCGGCCGCCCCUCGCGCUCCCAGUUCGCCCCCUUCCAACGCCCAGACCCGCGCUGGAAAGCCUUCGUCGUGCGCGACACCCUGACGCCGCUGAAAUGCCUCUUCAACCCCAUCAUCCUGUGGGCGGGCCUGAUGGUCGCCGGCCCGGCGGACCUACUGCUGUUCUUCAACCUAACCGAGUCGCCCGUGCUCGCCGCGCCGCCGUACAACUUCCGCCCGGACCAGGUCGGGUACACGAACUUCGCGUUCGCGGGGGGCGCGCUGCUGGGCCUCGCGACCGCGGGGCCGCUGUCGGACUGGACGGCCGCGCGCGCCACGCGCCGCAACGCCGGGCUGCGCGAGCCCGAGAUGCGGCUCCCAGCCCUGUUUCCCUACGUGCUGCUCACGCUGCUGAGCGCGGUGCUGGGCGGGCUGGCGUACCAGCGCGCGUGGGCGUGGGGGCAUGUGGUGGUGUGGGGCUACGGGCUGGCCGGGCUGUCGGUGACCACGGUGCCGACGAUUGCGGUCGCGUAUGCGAUUGACUGCUACAAGCCGAUUAGCGGGGAGAUUAUGGUUGUGGCGACCGUGUGCAAGAACUUCAUUGGGUUUUCGUAUAGCUACUGGGUGUUUGAUGUCGCGCAUGCGAGUCACGACGGGUGGGUGACGCCGGCCAUGAUCAUCUUUGCGUGUGUGGCUGCGCCCGCGGUGCUGGCGGUGCCGUUGUACUAUGGGAUGGGGAAGAGGUUAAGGGCGUGGACGAGGCAUUCGGAUGUGCAUCGGAUGGAGGAGUUGAUUUAG